UGGUCUCAGUUUGGGAAAGGACGUGACAUCAGCAACUUUGCAGGCUUGGGGCCUGGGGGCUGGUGUGGCCUUUGGCAGGCCUCCAGCUAGCUAGGUAGAGAGAGAGAGAGAGAGGAGAGAGAGACGGACAGACACACGUGCCUCUCUGACCACAGGCGCAGGGGGAGCAUGGAGUUUGGACUUUCCUAAGCAACUGAAGUGGAGCGUGCAGCUUGCUGGCCCAGGAGAGCACCAUGGAUGGCAAACGAGGGCGCAGGAUGGGCAGCAAACCGCCGGGGUCAGGCGGCUCUCCGGACACCAGGCUUGUUACAAACCCAAUGAUGGGCGAUGUUGUGUCUGAUUGGUCUCCCAUGCAUGAGGCAGCACUCCACGGACGCCUGCUUUCUCUGAGGAACCUCAUCAGCCAGGGGUGGCCUGUGAACCUUGUCACAGCAGAUGGUGUUUCCCCACUCCAUGAAGCCUGUCUUAGAGGUCAUCUCUCUUGUGCAAACGUCUUAUUGUCGCAUGGAGCUAAGGUGAAUGGCGUGACAGCAUACUGGCACACUCCUUUGUUUAAUGCUUGUGUCAGCGGCAACCGGGACUGUGUCAAUGUGCUUCUGCAGCAUGGAGCCAGCCCCCACCCUGUGACUAAUCUGGCAUCUCCCAUCCACGAAGCUGCUAAGAGAGGCCAUGUGGAGUGUGUCGAGGCCCUUAUGGUUCAUGGGAGCAACAUUGACCAUAAUAUCAGCCACCUGGGCACUCCGCUCUAUGUGGCUUGUGAAAACCAGCAGAUAGCUUGUGCCAGAAAGCUUCUGGAGUCAGGAGCAAGCGUGAACCAAGGCAGAGGUCUGGAUUCUCCUCUUCAUGUAGUGGCGAGGACGUGCAGCGAGGAGCUGGCCAGCCUGCUCAUGGACUUCGGAGCAGACACCCAGGCCAAGAAUGGCGAAGGCAAAUGUCCUAUGGACCUGGUGCCUCCGGAGAGCCCCCUGGCCCAGCUCUUCUUGGAGAGAGAAGGGCCCCCUUCUUUGAUGCAGUUAUGCCGCCUUCGAAUUCGGAAGUGCUUUGGAACCCGGCAGCAUCAUAAGAUAACUGGCCUCAUUCUCCCGGAAGAGCUGAAGCGGUUUCUCCUUCAUCAUUAAAUGCACCAAGGGGGAUGGAUUCCCAAAAAACAGGAAAACAUUACUGAGUGUUGUAGCCAUUGGAAUUUUCAAAUAAAGUUGCGUUUAUACAGGUUGGCUAGUUUUUUUCAUUUCGAUUUUUAUUUAUU